GAGGCUUCGGGAGAGGGACACUGCGAGGAGGAGAAAGGAAACAUCAGAGAGGUCUCUCGCCUAGAUAGAAGCCGAAACCCGACACCAGGAGAAGCUUGGAGAGACGAGGGCGAGAGAGGAAACUCGCUGUGGAUCGGCGACCGAGGUUGGAACUUCGAUUUGCUCUUCGUCCUUUGAAGUAUGGUUGCAUCCGUGGCGGCGGCCUUCUUCCCUGUUCCAUCUUCCUCUUCCACUGUCUUAGCUCAAGCAUCGAAGAGCAUUGGUGAUGGCCCUCGAAGUUUGGGCAUUCAGGGUAUCGUUGCCAAACCUAAUUCAUCCUCAGGCGCAAUGGAGAUUAAGGCGCAAGCACAAACCCUUCCUAAGAUCAAUGGUACAAAGGUUGACCUGAAAACCAAAGAGCAUAAGGCUGAUGAAGAAGAAGUUGCUUCAGUCCCAAGGACAUUCUACAACCAAUUGCCUGACUGGAGCUUUCUGUUUGCUGCCAUAACAACCAUUUUCUUAGCAGCUGAGAAACAGUUGACGCUGCUUGAUUGGAAGCCCAAGCGACCUGAUAUGCUUGCUGAUGCAUUUGGGCUUGGCAAGAUUGUUCAGGAUGGGAUGGUUUUCAGGCAGAACUUUUCCAUUAGGUCAUAUGAGAUAGGGGCAGAUCGAACAGCUUCUAUAGAGACUUUAAUGAAUCACUUACAGGAAACAGCACUUAACCAUGUAAGGAGUGUUGGUCUACUGGGUGAUGGAUUUGGUUCGACACCUGAGAUGACUAAAAAUAACUUGAUUUGGGUUGUCACGAAGAUGCAGAUUGUCGUAGAACAUUAUCCUUCCUGGGGAGAUAUUGUUGAAGUAGACACAUGGGUUGGUGCUUCUGGGAGAAAUGGGAUGCGCCGAGAUUGGCAUGUUCGUGACUAUCGGACAGGUCAAACUAUACUGAGAGCCAGCAGUGUCUGGGUAAUGAUGAACAAACACAGUAGACGAUUGUCCAAAAUGCCAGAGGAAGUUAGAGCAGAGAUAGAGCCUUAUUUUAUGGUGAAAGCUCCUAUUGUGGAAGAGGAUAAAAGGAAGCUACCAAAGCUUGAAGAUGGUACUGCCAAUCAUGUCCGAAGGGGCUUGACUCCUCGAUGGGCCGAUUUGGAUGUCAAUCAACAUGUGAAUAAUGUCAAGUAUAUUGGCUGGAUUCUUGAGAGUGCUCCCAUCUCAAUUCUUGAGAACCAUCAGCUUGCCAGCAUGACUCUGGAAUACAGGAGGGAAUGUGGGAGGGAUAGCGUACUGCAAUCCCUCACCGCUGUAUCCACUAGCCCUGAUGGCAUACAGGACGAUGGCAUCGAGUGCCAGCAUCUGCUGCGGUUGGAAUGUGGGGCUGAGAUUGUGAGAGGACGCACAGAGUGGAAGCCGAAGCACAAGCACGCCAAUGGUCCUGGAAACAUGGGGGCCAAUUCCAGUUUGUAGUUCAUCCAAGUAUGCUGCAGUCAGUAAGAAAUUACAUUUCAUUCUCAGUUGGGGCAGGCUGGUGAUGGGUGGCCAUAUCUUCAUUCGGUUAAUAUCUUCCUCAAUUGUACAAUUCCAAUCCUUGAGUCGUCGGUGAUGUCUUCUUCUUCCGAUUCACUUUAAAGGCUUCACUUAUAUUCUUGCAUUUCAUUUAUGCUUGCCAUUUUAGUAAUUGACAUGAUCUUUGGUCGCUUUCUGUAAAUUCAUUGCCUUGUUACGGUGCUGUUUGAAUACGCUGCGAUCAAAUUGUCAUUGUAAUAGACCUACCAAUUCGCCUGUUAUUUUGUAUUAAACUGUUGCCGUGACUAAAUGGUGAAAAAGGUGGAUACUGUUUGUGCACA